AUGAUACAACUUGAGUUAAGUGGUGGGUUGGAAUAUGAGGCAGGAACAAAUAAGACUGAAUUUCCGUCUGAAGGAAUUCAUACGAUCAAAGACGUCUUUCUGUUGAUACAAAAAACGUACCCAAAACUUGGUGCAAUUUUCCAAGACUCUACUGUAAUUCCAGGGAUCAUUGUGUUGAUCAACGAUGCCGACUGGGAAUUGGUGGGGUUAUCCGAGGCCGAGGUGAGUGACGGGGAUGUCGUCUCUUUGAUUUCCUCAAUUCAUGGUGGAUAA